UAUGGCGGACAAAACGUGAGUUUGACGUUUCUCUCAAAAAUGGACGAAUGUAGUGUUGAAUACAGGAUUUAUGUUCGAAAUAACACCGAGGAAGGCUCAGAACGAACUGAAGAGGAAUACAAGAGCCUUUUAGCUGGGUAUUUGGCUUAUUUAAGUCAAUAUAUUGGUGAUUAUAUUUGGCAAGAUCAGUCUUUUGCCUUGUCGUUCGUUCCAAGGAAAGGUGAUUCCUUGGCUCACAUUUUUGGUCAGACAAACUAUGGAGACAAUGUUGAGGAUGAAUGGUUUAUUGUAUUCCUUCUUGUUCAACUUACAUCAAAAUAUCCAGAUGUCGUUGUAAGUGUUCAAGAUGAUGAUGGAGAUUUUCUAUUGAUGGAAGCUGCACAUGAGAUCCCUAAAUGGUUGAAUCCAGAAACUAGUAAAAACAGGGUAUUCAUUCAUGAUGGCAAGCUGCACAUUAUCCCCCUACCCUCCACUCCCAGGGAAAUCACCAUGUUUCCCACAGGGAUCCCAUCACUGUCUAAAGCACUGGAGCUGAUACAUGGGCCAUUCAACACAAUAGCAGGCCCCAGUGUGCAGCAAGCUGUUCUGAGGAGAAUGGAAGGAUAUCCUGAUAAAGCCAAGCACUUUUAUCACUAUGUGAACUGUUUUAUCCCUCCUGCCAUUAAAUAUGUAUUGGAUAAGAAGCCAUCUCUUAUUAGUGCUGCAGUGAAGGCCUUCUACCAUAGGGAUCCCAUAGAUAUGAAGGCUGCAAGUGAAGCAAAACAUUUCUCUCCAAAACAAAGAAUAAUGACAAGGGUCUGCUUCACCAGAUGUCUAUAUGCACAAAUGAUGCAGCAGAACUUUCAGCCCAAUAAGAAGUCACUAUGGCAGUUACCUUCAUCAACAGAUCCUCUGUACAAAGCUCAUCAGCUUGGAAUGAAAAUUACAUGUGGGUUUGAAAUUCUUUGCUCCAAGAGCAAAGUCAACAUUGAAAAACAGUCGGUAAACAAGCCAUCUGGUGCUGAGUGGGAAAGAUAUCUUCAAUGUCUGAAGAAGCAAGGAUACUUUAAAGACGAAAUAGAGGGAUCAAAGUUGUACAUGAAACUGCUAUCUGAUGCUGAGCAGCAUUUUCUUGAGUCAUUUCAUCCUGAUGAUGUGGUAACAGAUGAUCCGGGAAGCACUGUUCUUUCUCUGUUACAAAAUAUUGAAAUAAAUGUUGACAAGAUGAGAGAAGAGGAAAAAGCAUUACCACGAGAAGAUGAUGAUAGUUGGCUUAAUAUAAGUCCAGAAGAAUUAGAUGAAAUGUUAAGCAAGUAUCGUAUGACUGCUAGUACAGAACAAGCCCCUGUUGCAAAUGGACAAAAGGAGGAAUUCAACCUGGGCAAAAUAACAGAAUCGAUGAAAUCUUUUGUAGAUACGGUGUCAAGCUAUGAAGGAGCAGAAUUUCCCGGAGAGGACGAGAAUGAAGAAAUACAUUUUGAUGCAGAAUCGUUUAUGGACACCAUGAAACAGCUUUUAGAAGGGAAAACAGAAGAAAGGGUGGAAAGUAGUGAUGAGGAAGAUUAUCUAAGUGACAGCAGCGUUGAAGAAAAUGAUGAAGACGUUCCAGAGGAAAGCGAGGAGUUCUUGAGGUACAUGGAAGAGAUGGACAGACAGUUAGGAAGCACCAUGAUUGGGAAGAGUUUUGAGAAGAAAGAGAAACAACCCGUCAAAGUAUCAAGUAAAAAGACUCAGCAAGAAGAAGCGAAUCCUACGAUAAAGAUCCCAACAAACCAAGAAAAAUCGUCCUCAGAUAUGACGUCACAAAUGACGUCAGAAGAGACUGUGACGUCAGAGGAAGACCAAAUUCCCGUGGACGUAGACUUGAAUUUAGUUAAAAACCUGUUGGAGUCGUUCAGUAGUCAGGAGGGACUGGCUGGACCUGCCUCCAAUAUUCUUAAUGCUAUGGGAGUGAUAUUGCCGGUAGAUGAAGAGAGAUGACGGCUGUCUUUUUCUAUAACAUCUUUUGUGAAGUUAUAUAUCAAUGCUUGAGAGAUGGAGAGGCUGCAUAAAUGUGAUGGGAGCCGAGGAAACGGAAUGUGGGAUGAGAAAAGCAGCGAUAGAAGGAAGACGCGGGCACAAAGGUAGGGAGAAGCAAACAACGAAAAAAUGGAAAACGAAGGAAGAGUAACGAAAAAAGAUAAAGGGAAUGGAAUGAAAAAGGUGCGAAGAAAAGCGAGAAAAUGGGAAAGGAGUAGAGGAAGGAAAAUGAAAUGAAAAGAGAAAAACUGAAUAUGAAAGACAAAAGGCAAACUGAGAGGUUUGAUAUUUUUGAUAGAGAGAAAGAGACAGAGAGAUAGAGCGAGAGAGAGCUGAAAUCCAAAAUUAAGAAACGAGGGAAAGGCGAAAGAAAAUUCAAAACAAAACAAAAAAUAAACUAAUAUUUAAACUACAAAGGCAGGAAAAAGAACAAUGGAAGGUAAUACUUAAAAUAAACUGUAAUCGUUUUCUCAAUUAAAACUAAAUUAAAUACAAAGCAAUCUUCCAAUCACAAGAACCAUUAUACAGUACAGUGUACCUUCAUUUAGAACGACAAGUUAUAAUUAAAGCAUGUUUUCUAUA